GGCGCCGAGAGGGCGGCCCGGCCGGUCGGCCGGCGCGGGCUGCGGGCGUGCAACGAGGAGUUCGCGUGCCCCGAGCUGGAGGCGCUGUUCCGCGGCUACACGCUGCGGCUGGAGCAGGCGGCCACGCUGAAGGCGCUGGCCGUGCUCAGCGGUUUGGCGGGCGCGCUGGCACUGGCCGAGCUGCUGGGCGCGCCGGGGCCCGCGGGCGGCCUGGCCAGGGGCUCUCACCCCGCGCACUGCGUGCUCUUCCUGGCGCUGCUCGUGGUCACCAACGUGCGCUCGCUGCAGGUGCCCCAGCUGCAGCAGGUCGGCCAGCUGGCGCUGCUCUUCAGCCUCACCUUCGCGCUGCUCUGCUGCCCCUUCGCGCUCGGCCGUCCCGCGGGGACCCACGCCGGCGCGGCUUCGGGGCCGGUGGCCGCCGACCAGGGCGUUUGGCAGCUCCUUUUGGUCACCUUCGUGUCCUAUGCCCUGCUGCCUGUGCGCAGCCUGCUGGCUGUCGGCUUCGGGCUCGUGGUGGCCGCCUCGCACUUGCUGGUCACGGCCACCUUGGUGCCCGCCAAGCGCCCGCGUCUCUGGAGGACGCUUGGUGCCAACGCCCUGCUCUUCCUCAGCGUGAACAUGUACGGGGUGUUCGUGAGGGUCCUGGCCGAACGCUCCCAAAGGAAAGCCUUCUUGCAGGCCCGGAACUGCAUCGAAGACCGGCUGAGGCUGGAGGAUGAGAACGAGAAGCAGGAGCGGCUGCUUAUGAGCCUUCUGCCCCGGAACGUUGCCAUGGAGAUGAAGGAGGACUUCCUGAAGCCCCCUGAGAGGAUUUUCCACAAGAUUUACAUCCAGCGGCAUGACAAUGUGAGCAUCCUCUUCGCGGACAUCGUGGGCUUCACGGGCUUGGCGUCACAGUGCACGGCGCAGGAGCUGGUGAAGCUGCUCAACGAGCUCUUCGGCAAGUUUGAUGAACUGGCCACGGAGAACCACUGUCGCCGGAUCAAGAUCCUUGGGGACUGCUAUUACUGCGUGUCUGGCCUCACCCAGCCCAAGACUGACCACGCCCACUGCUGCGUGGAGAUGGGCCUGGACAUGAUCGACACCAUCACGUCGGUGGCAGAGGCCACGGAGGUGGAUCUGAACAUGCGUGUGGGGCUGCACACUGGCCGGGUCCUCUGCGGGGUCCUCGGCCUGCGCAAGUGGCAGUACGACGUGUGGUCCAAUGACGUGACCCUGGCCAAUGUCAUGGAGGCCGCUGGCCUGCCUGGGAAGGUCCACAUCACGAAGACGACCCUGGCGUGCUUGAACGGUGACUACGAGGUGGAGCCGGGGCACGGGCACGAGAGGAACAGCUUUCUGAAAGCUCACAACAUCGAGACCUUCUUCAUUGUGCCGUCACAUCGGCGGAAGAUCUUUCCAGGGCUGAUCCUUUCGGACAUAAAGCCCGCCAAGAGGAUGAAGUUCAAGACCGUGUGCUACCUGCUGGUGCAACUCAUGCACUGUCGGAAGAUGUUCAAGGCGGAGAUCCCCUUCUCCAACGUCAUGACGUGCGAGGAUGACGACAAGCGGAGGGCGUUGAGAACCGCGUCAGAAAAACUCAGAAACCGCUCGUCCUUCUCUGCGAAUGUCGUCUACACCACCCCGGGCACGCGUGUCAACAGGUACAUCAGCCGCCUCCUAGAAGCACGCCAGAUGGAGCUGGAGAUGGCGGACCUGGACUUCUUCACCCUGAAGUACAAACAGGCUGAGCGCGAGCGCAAGUACCACAAGCUCCAGGACGAGUAUUUCACCAGUGCCGUCGUGCUCGCGCUCGUCCUGGCCGCCUUGUUCGGCCUCGUCUACCUUCUCAUCAUCCCGCAGAGCGUGGUCCUCCUCCUGCUGCUGGUGUUCUGCAUCUGCUUCCUGGUGGCCUGUGUCCUGUACCUGCACAUUGCCCGGGUCCAGUGUUUUCCAGGAUGCCUGACGAUCCAGAUCCGCACCGUCUUGUGUAUUUUCAUAGUGGUCCUCAUCUACUCGGUGGCCCAAGGAUGUGUGGUGGGCUGCCUGCCCUGGGCCUGGAGCUCCAGCCCCAACGGGUCCCUGGUGGUCCUGACACCUGGUGGCCGGAAUGCCGUGCUGCCCGCCGCACCCUGCGAGUCUGCGCCCCACGCACUGCUCUGCGGCCUUGUGGGCACCCUGCCGCUGGCCAUCUUCCUGCGGGUGUCCUCCCUGCCCAAAAUGAUCCUGCUCUUCGUGCUCUCGGCAUCCUACAUCCUGGUCCUGGAGCUCAGCGGGUACACCAGGGCCUCAGGGGGCGGCGCGGUGUCCGGGCGCAGCUUCGAGCCGAUCGUGGCCAUCCUGCUGUUCUCGUGCACGCUGGCCCUGCACGCCCGGCAGGUGGACAUCAAGCUGCGGCUGGACUAUCUCUGGGCAGCACAGGCAGAGGAGGAGAGGGACGACAUGGAGAGGGUGAAGCUGGACAACAAGAGGAUUCUCUUCAACCUCCUGCCAGCCCACGUUGCCCAGCACUUCCUCAUGUCCAACCCCCGGAACAUGGACCUGUACUACCAGUCCUACUCGCAGGUGGGCGUCAUGUUCGCCUCCAUCCCCAACUUUGACGACUUCUAUAUCGAGCUGGAUGGCAACAACAUGGGGGUGGAGUGUCUGCGCCUUCUGAAUGAGAUCAUCGCUGACUUUGAUGAGCUCAUGGACAAAGACUUCUACAAGGACCUGGAGAAGAUCAAGACCAUCGGGAGCACCUAUAUGGCUGCGGUGGGACUAGCGCCAACAACUGGGACCAAGGCAAAGAAGUGCAUCUCCUCGCACCUCAGCACACUGGCGGACUUCGCCAUCGAGAUGUUCGACGUCCUGGAUGAAAUCAACUACCAGUCUUACAACGACUUUGUGCUCCGUGUGGGCAUCAACGUUGGCCCCGUGGUGGCCGGGGUGAUCGGGGCUCGAAGGCCGCAGUACGACAUCUGGGGAAACACGGUCAAUGUGGCCAGUAGGAUGGACAGCACCGGUGUCCAGGGCAGAAUCCAGGUGACCGAGGACGUUCACCGGCUGCUGCGAAGGGGCACUUACCGCUUCGUGUGCCGCGGGAAGGUCAGCGUCAAGGGCAAGGGUGAGAUGCUGACAUACUUCCUGGAAGGCCGGACCGAUGCAAACGGUUCCCAGGCCAGGUCCCUGAACGCAGAGCGGAAAAUGUGCGCUUACGGGCGAGCCGGCCUCCAGACCAGACUGGCCGCAGGGCCACCCCCGGUGGGCCCCAUGAUCGGCCACCCGGUCAGAGCCGGGCUGGGGUCUCUGCAGGGCUCGGGGCUCCCCCCGGGCCCCCACGGCCAGCACCCACCCCCCGGAGCAGCUGGGAAGGAGGCUUAGCGGAGCCAUGCUGGCUGCUGGGCGCUCAAGGGCUCCAGCAGGGACCAGCCCGGCCCACAGAGCAGGGCCGGUGGCCGGAGGCUGAGCUGCGGAAGGGGUGCCGUCCAGGCGUGCCCCGAAGCAGCCAGGCAGUGACAGGCCAGGGGAGCCCUGCCCGCCUGGAUGCUGAGGCUUUCAGGGGAUUGCGCUCGCUUGGUCCUCUCCUCGGUGGCCGAGGAGCAGCUGCCUGGGGUCGGCCAGCUCAGCAUCCAGCACUGGGACCUUGCGGACAUCCUCCACGUCCUCGGGCUUCCGCUGAGCAAGAGCCAUGGAGCUGUGGCCGGCAGCGGGGCAGUGUGCCCUGAGCAGGCCCGCGGCAGACCGGGCUAGAAGCCAGGCCUCGCGCGUGCGGCAGGGCCAGAAGGGUGGGCUCCGGGCCCGCGUGGACCAGGCCUGCGAUGGGCGGUUUGGGGAGCUGCGCAGCGCGGGGGGCCGCCGGCUUCCUUUGGGCACGGUGUUUGCCAAGAGCCAGAGGCAGGUCUUCUGGGAUUCUUGGGGCCCCGAGCCACGUCUCUGUCACGACCAGCAUCGUCCCUGCUCUGCCUGCCCAUCCUGCGUUGUCCCUUGGUCCCCGGAGGGCAUCGGCCCUACGAAUCCUGGCUGCUCUUGUCGGGGGAGGAACCUAGGUCGGGGUCGCCGUGCUCCUUGCUGUCCCCGCAUCUGGGGCUCCUGCUAUCCUCACAACAGCACAAGCCCAUGUGGAUUUUGAAACGAGUGAACCUCACGACUGAGAGAAAGCUUCCUGGGCUGAGGAGCCCGCGCCCCAGACGUGGGAUUUCGGAGUGAGUUUGGGCUGCACCUGGAGUUUGAGCACCACGGGUGACUCGGGGGCGGUCUGGGGGUCACCCACGUGCACAGGUGCAGACUGAGGAUGGCGGGAUGUGCUGCUUAGGGGCACAGGGUGGCGGCUCUGACUGCAGGAGGAAGGCACCGGCAGCCGGGGGCUGGGCUCACCCUGGCUGAGCCCCCAUGGAUGUCCCCAGGCUGGUCCCAUGGUGGGCUUGUGAGGCGUGGCACCCUCCGUGGGGGCUCAGCCCUGCCCGGCCGCAUUGCAGCCAGCACGGUCGGCCGCCGGGAUGUGUGUGGAGAGGCCAGCAAGGCGGGACUCAGGACGGAAGUAGGUGGGUGGACGGCCUCCUUUCUGAGAACCAGCUCUGUGCUGGGCCACCGAUGACCAUCGCUACGCUGGGGAAGGACUCAGUGGCCCAGCCACCCCUCCCUCAGCCUUUAGAGACAUGGCAUGGUUCCUUCAGGGGAAACCAAGUCAGCUCGAGGGUCCUGUGAGCAUACGGCCCGUGUGGUGUGCUUGUCUGCGCUGAGCUGCGGGGCCGAGGACCCGGCCAGGGUCCUGGUGCACGCCUGCUGGGCGCAGCCAAAGUGUGCAGGGGGGCAGUGGACCACACCGUGGCCCUGACCCCAUGCUCUGUCAUGUGGCAGAGGGGACUUUACAGACGGAAUUGAAGGUACAGGCCUUAAGCUGGGGGCAGGAUUCGGAGCUCUCUGGGUGGGCCCCCUGCCUCCUCGAAGUGGACGCAGAGGCAGGGCGGUCAGGAUGGCCCAAGCAUGAGGUUGCUAUUUAAAGAUGCGGGGACCUGACCAUCAACCAUCGGGGAGAGGAGCUGGUUGCUCCCGUGGACGUCGACCCAAGCGAGCUGGGGGAGGGUGGACACCUGUGACACUCUCCGUGAACCCCCAGCCCUGCCGGGCCCAGACCUGGGGCCACAGAACCAGGAGCUCCGGAGCCCUGCGGUGUGUGGCCGCUGGUCGAAGCACAGUGAGGAGGCCGUCGGACACUAUGGUUCUGGGCCGGUUGUCAUGACCACCCGCGGUGGCGGUGGCGAGGCCCGGCACCCACGAGCGCCUGUGUGGCACCUCCGUCAUCAGCAGCCCAGACCCUCCCAACCCCGAGGGCGCGGGAGCCGCCACAGCGUCCCUCCGAGGCGGGUGCACUAUGUCUUCCUCUUUAUUUGUGACGAGACUGUAUGAUAUUGCCUUAUUUAUUUUUAAUCUUGUACAGCAUUCACGGACAAACGUUAGCCUUUCGAGUAGGGUUCUGUCUAAAUUAUUUAAGAUGCUCUGUAAAUAGUGCACUGUUUCAGGGGACGCCUGUUCACUCCCACCAACAACGAGAACAGCCCCGUGCGGAUGGCACGCUUUACCCAGAUGUGUGACGUCCCUUAGGCACCGCGCCCCUGCUUGGGGAAGCCCCGGC